AUGUCCGUCCUUCGCUCUGUCUCGCGCCGGCUUGUUCUGCACCAAGGCGACGACGACGUGCCCCCAGACCGCUGGCAGAACCGCGACCUUGUGCCGCUUCCGCCCAGCCGGCGACUCUGGCAGGACGUGGAUUUUGUCAGCCUCUGGAGCACCGUCUUCCUGACUAUCUAUGCAUGGCAAGCGUCCUCGGCGCUCAUGUCGUACGGCCUCAAUGUCUGGCAGUCUGUCAUCUGCACUGUCAUUGCCCGCGUUCUGAUCUACGCCGUGAUUUUGAGUCUGGGCUGGAUCGGCGGCGUCUGGCACAUCUCGUACACAGUGCAGUCGCGCUACACAUUUGGCAUCUGGGGCUCGCUGCUGCCCAUUUUCCUGCGCGUUGGCGUUACAUGUGUAUGGUAUGGCGUACAGGGCAUCACAGGCGGGCUCUUGGUUAGCUGCAUCCUGUCGUGCAUCUUCCCGUCCUACCAGAACAUGCGCAACACGCUGCCAGAAUCAACGGAGAUGACCACCAAGGAGUUUGUGGGCUUUGUCGUGUACAACAUCAUCGCCCUGCCCAUCUUGUACCUGCCACCCGACAAGAUGCGCAAGCCGCUGCGCGUCGCCCUCGUUGUCAGCACUAUUACCAUCUUCGGCCUGUCCAUUGGCCUGAUGGCAGCCGCACACGGUGCAGGCAGCUACGUGCGCAGCCCGGCCAGUGCAGCCUCGGGCGGCCCGCUUGGCUGGGCCUUUGUGCAUGGCAUCACCACCUUGCUUGGUGGCAAUGCCGUCGGCAUGACGAGCCAGACAGACUUCUCGCGCUUUGCACGGCGGCCGCGCAACAUGAUCUGGGGCCAGGCCAUUGGCGUGCUCUUCUUUGGCCUUGUGGUGCCCGUCUUUGGCGUCCUCGGCACGUCUGCGGCCGGCCAGCUGUACGGCGAUGUCACGGAAUUGGGGCUCUGGAACCCGCCCACCAUUCCGCAGAUCUGGCUCAACGAGCACUACCACGAGCCCAAGAUGCGUGCCGCCGCCUUUUUCGUGUCGCUGGGCCUGCUGCUCAACAUCUUGGCACUCAACUCCGUCGAGAAUGGCGUGUCUGGCGGCAUGGACUUUGCCGGUCUAUGGCCCAAGUACAUCAACAUUCGGCGCGGCUCCUACCUCAUUGCUGCCGUCGCCGUGGCCAUGAACCCGUGGUACAUUCUCGCCGACGCCGCCAACUUCACGUCGGCGCUGAACAGCUUUGGCAUCGUGCUCGGCCCCAUCAUGGGCGUCUACACUGCCGACUACUACGCCGUGCGCAAACGGUUGGUAAAACUCGGCGACCUCUACCACGACAACCCGUCGGGCAUCUACUACUUUUUCCACGGCAUCAACCUGCGCGCGUUUGUCGCUUGGAUUGUUGGCUUUGCACCCGCCAUCGGAGGCAUGGCAUCGGUCAACCCCCAAAACAAUGUGCCCGACGGCCUCGUCAAAGUUUUCUACCUGGGCUUCCCUCUGGGCUAUGCGUUGUCGUUUAUUGUACACUGGGGCCUGAACGUUGUGUUCCCACCGCCCGGCUUGGGCCAGGUUGAUUCGUACGACUCGUACGGCACGUUUUCGACCGAAGAAGCACUUGCUCUGGGUAUUGAACCUAACGACGGCAACCGGGACGAAGGGGAUCCAGAGUGGACCUCCAAAGAAGCCAAUGUCGCGGAGGCUGCACUUUGA